AUGGCUACCCCCAGUGUCCUUACCUUUGAUGCUGAGGGUCGUGCUAUUGACUUCGAGGUCUGGGUCGAUGACCUGCAGCUUUUCCUACAAUGCGAUAGGGCAGACGGACUCUCCCUGUUUGAUCUCACCUCUGGUGCCUCUCAUGCCCCGCCUACAGAUGCUAAUAGCACUGUUCGCUCACAGUGGGCCACGCGCGAUGCUGCUGCCCGUCUUGCUGUGCGUCGCCACUUACCGACCACUGAGCGUGCGCACUUUAGUCAGUACAAGAGUGCUAAGGCCUUGUACGACGCUGUAGUUGCACGCUACUCUUCCCCUGCCACUGCUGCUCUUAGCCGCCUCAUACUGCCGUACCUGUUUCCUGACCUCGCCGCCUUUCCCACUGUCGUUGACCUCAUUACGCACCUUCGCACUAGUGACACCCGCUACCGCGCUGCGCUUCCUGCUGAGUUCUGCGCCAAGAACCCCCCCCCCCCCAUGUACAUCACCCUCUACUACAUAGUCACCCAGCUCCUUGACUCCCUUCGCUCGGUCAGGGACCACUUCCUCUCAGUUUGCCCCACCACACUCACCGUUGACCUCCUCGAGGAGCGCCUCCUGGCAGCUGAGAAGAGUAUAGUCGCUGUAGGAGCCUCUAGAGGUGACCCGCGUGCCCCUGUCUUUGAGGGGUGCUCCCCCUCCCUCCUCUUGCCCUCUGUUGCCUUUGCUGCUGCCGUCGACUUCGUUGGCACCAAGUCGGGGCUGGCGGGGGCGGUGGAGGUGGCGGUGGAGGAGGCGGAGGGAGUGGGGGUGGUGGUGGGAGUGGUGGCGGGGGUGGGGGCUUCGGUGGCGGCAGUGGCGGCGGAGGCGGCGGCGGUGGUGGCGGUGGGAGCGGAGGGGGAGGCGGUGGUGGCGGUGGCGGAGGUGGCGGCGGAGGAGGUGGAGCUAGUCGGGGUGGCUCUACGCAGCGGGGCGGCUUAG